AUGGCUUCUACCUCUGCUCCUCCGAGCUACACCGAUUGUCGCCGAAUGAAAUCGUCAGCGACAACACUGGUCGACGACAAUCAAGCUCUCUCUGGGGAAGUUAAGAGAGCUGUUAAUAUGAUGAAAGAGAUUGCCGUUGAUUUUGAGAAAGACAACCGAUCAGACGAGGUAAAAGAGCUUGAGGCUGGAGUAAUGGAGUUGUUGGCAGCUUCUGAGGACUGCAGACAUCUUUCAGCUGCUACUCAAACCAUUGCAAAUGAGUAUCGGCUUGGUCCUGAGUUGACAGACUUCAAGAAGCUUUUGGAAGGUGAGAUCGCAAAAUCAAAGGCCGGCUCAUCUCCAACUUCACAAUAUCAUCAAUUGUUGAGACAGUUUAGGGAAGCUGUUUGGAAUGUCCACCAUGCAGGUCAGCCCAUGCCUGGUGAUGAGCAAGAGGACAUUGUGAUGACCACUACACAGUCUAACAUUCUGAACAAUAAGUGCCCUUUGACUUUGAAGCCAGUUACAGAACUAGCAGAGCCUGUGCGCUGUCAGGACUGCAAGCACAUAUAUGAAAAGCAUGCUGUCUUCCAGAUUAUGAAAAAUAAGGUCAAAUGUCCCGUGGCAGGGUGCCCAAAGACAUUACAAAAAGAAAGAGUUAUAUGUGAUUCUCUUCUGUUAGUGGAUAUUGGAGAACUGCGAGAGAUGGAACGUGAAACUGCUCAACCUGAAAACAUCGAAGAUUUCACUGCAAUGGGAGAAGAUGAUUGA